AUGGGUUAUUUCUUCUCCCCCAGUUCCAUGUCAGCCGUGGAAAUAGCCAGCAUCAUUAAGGAUGCCAUUGGGAACCUAAAACAUAUAGGGCUGACAGUGCAGGCAGUAAUAUGUGACCAGGCACCGACUAACAUCAAAGCUUUGCACCUACUUGGGGCCACCCUGGACCCUCUGGGUGGCGAGGAUUCCCACUGCAUUCUGGUGAGGGUUCAGAGGGUUCCUGUGGUGUUCGAUGUCCCUCACCUAGUGAAGUCCAUCAGGAAGAACUUCUUUAAGUAUGGCCUAAAGAUCCAAGGCAAAGAUGUUCUUUGGUGCCAUAUCGUGAACUUCUAUGAGCUUGACAAGCUCCAACUGCAUUUCAGCAAUGGUGUCAUUGAAGAGGCUGCCAGCAGAGAUGUCCAGGUGCUGAAGUCGGCUGAGAUGAUGGAAUUACGCAAAAAGAACAGCCAGUAUGAGGCCAAGCUGUCAACCCUGCGAGCACAGAACCACAACCUGCGGGAUGUGGUGCGUACCCUGGAGGAGACGGUGGCUCGGCAGGCAGAUGAGCUCCAUACUGGGGAGAUGGAACGCAGGAAGCUCCACAAUUCCAUCCAGGAGCUAAAAGGGAACAUCCGGGUAUUCUGCAGAGUGCGCCCACCGUCUACUGGAGGUCAAAUGGACCGACCCGUCAAUGACAACAGGUCCAUUACUUUGAGCAAACAUCAACAGUCCCACACAGGCUGUGAUGGUAAAACACAGACGUACCAUUUUCGCUUUGAUCGGGUGUUUGGACCCUCCUCCAGCCAGAAGGAGGUGUUUGAGGACAUCAACCUGCUGGUCAAAUCCGCCCUGGACGGAUACAACGUCUGCUGCUUUGCCUAUGGCCAGAACGGCAGCGGCAAGACCUACACCAUGGAGGGGGGUGAGACGGAGACCAGCAGGGGUGUGAUCCCCAGGGCUGUCCAGCAAAUAUUUACUGCUGCCAAGAGUCUCCGCCAGCAGGGCUGGGAGUACACUUUUACGGCCAGCUUUGUGGAGGUCUAUAAUGAGACCCUGCGGGAUCUAGUGUACACGGGCAAGCCCAACAAGAGGCCUGAGCAUGAGAUCCACAAGGUGACCACAAACAAGGUCACUGUGACCAACCUCAGCUACCGCAAGGUCACCACUGAGGUUGAGGUGUACAAACUGAUUGCGCUGGCAAAUCGGAAUCGCUCCACUGCUAGGACCCGCAUGAAUGACCGCUCUUCCUGCUCUCACGCGGUCUUCCAACUGGAUAUUGAGGGUGGGAACUCUGGGCGAGGUGCUGAGGCUAAACUGUGUCUGAAUGCAGCAUCUCUGCGUCUGGUGGACCUGGCAGUGGCCGGCCAGGUCAUGGCCGGCAUGGAGAAGAGCCAGGCAGAGCACCUAAAAAGAGACGACAUCCAGAAACUCCUCGCUAAUUAA